CAUUUGUGGAGCUCAUUAGUUUUUAUGCUUUGUUGACAUGUUUAUUUGAAUAAAUCUCAAAAUUAAAGUGUGGUGAAAUCAACCCGAUUUUCCGCAUCACCAUGCCCACCAAAGAUGGCUGUGAGAUACCUAUUGCCGCGAGGUAUCGAGGGCCGGGGCCGGCAAAAUACAUGCUGCCCCCGACUCUGGGCUAUGAUCCACACGACGGGCGGCGGUGGCGGGCGCCCGCGUACAGCCUGGCCAAGCGGCUGGGCGACAACGGUCCUGGCAUCUGCAGCCCCGGCCCAGUGCACGGCAUCGAGCACGAUAUGGUGCGCACCGGCAAAGUGCACAACCCCACCUACGUGAUGGGCCAACGUCUGGACCAUGGCGUCAUGUUCCGGUCUCCGGCUCCGGGCACAUACUCGCCCGAGAAGUACCCCGUUCCGCACCAGCGUUGGCCACCCUGCUACUCCAUGGCCAAGCGCACCGAGAUGCGACGCAAGGAUGUGGGGCCCGGACCCAGCGCGUACACAGUGCCCGGCAUGAUCGGACCCAGCAUUCCGCACACCAAAGCGAACCCAUGCUACACCAUGCGACCACAGACAUACAUCGGCGGCUUUGCCGUGGACUACGCCAAGACGCCGGGCCCGGCCCGCUACGACCCGGCCGACCCGGGCCUGGUGCGCAACCGCGGCCCAACCUACACGAUGCGGCCGCUGACGCGCUGCGACUGGGAGGACCGCAACAAGCCGGGCCCGGGCGCCUACAGCCCCGAGGUGCGCUCGGGCGCCGCCGCCUACUCGAUGGGCAUCAAGCACAGCGAGUUCACUGCGCCACUCAUCCUGGACUGCGACGCCAUGUGAGCCGGCGCCACCCGGACACGGGGCAGCGCUGGGCGGGGCGGGGCUGGCCCCAGGGAGAGCGGAGCCGGUCACUCGGCCAGACGCCAGGCAGGCCGGUCACUCAACGCAGUGGGUCGCGCGUUGGUCGGUGUAGGAAAUCUGCUGUUAUCUUCGUCAAAUUUUACGAAGUUUUCGAAAUCAUUAAACGCAGCCGAUUUUCUUACAAAUAUACGAACGCGACGGUGACGACCGUUGCCGGGCAAACAAUGUAAGGCGAUCGUGUCUGUUGUCUAUUGUUCAGUUUUAAGCACGUCAAAAAGUACAACAAAAGCUAAAUAUAUUUUCCAGUAGAGAAAUAUAAAGGCCUUAGACAA